GACAGGGGUGGGCAACUGGCGGCCCGCGGGCCGCACACGGCCCGCAUUAUCUUUAAAUACGGCCCGCAGGACCAUAUCAGUAUGAUCGCUGAAAAAUGAAAAGACUGCUGUUAAUUCUCCAACCAGGAGAGGGCGCUUGUUUCUGCCGGUCACUAAUUAACCGUAGUAGGAGAUGUGCGCUAUUGAGAACGUUCACCAAAAUGAGUAAAAAGAAAAGAAAAAUUGACAGUGAAAACCGUGUUUUCCAGGCAAGAUGGGAAACAGAUUAUCUUUUUACCGAGUUUAAGGGGGCACCCAUGUGUUUGGUGUGCUUGGAAACGAAAUCGGUUAUGAAGGAUUUCAAUUUAAAUCGGCAUUACGCAACUGCUCACAAAGAAAAAUACGAAAGAUACACCGGUGAUGCAAGAACUGCUCUCAUUUCAGAUUUAAAAGGUAAAAUACAUCGUCAGCAAAACCUUUUCACUAAAUGCAUGACGGUUCAAGAAUCAUCAUUGAAGGCAUCUUAUGCGGUUUCACUCGUGCUUGCGAAAGCGAAAAAGCCGUUAUCAGAGUGCGAAACUGUAAAACAGUGCGCGAUUGAGAUGGCCAAAGCAUUUGGAGACGAGAAAAUGGCCAAGAACUUUGAAUCGGUGUCUUUGUCCCGCCGAACGGUAACACGACGAAUUUCUGACAUACAGUGUCAAAUCCAAGAAAAGCUAAAACAGGAAAUAGAAAAUUGCAAAUACUUUUCCCUCGCGCUGGAUGAAAGCACGGAUGUGACGGAUGUCAGUCAGCUCCUAAUCUUUGCAAGAACGAUCACCGAAAAAUUUGAUGUACACGAGGAGCUGUUAAAGUUGGUAUCAUUACAUGGCACUACAAAGGGAGAGGAUAUUUUUAAAUCUGUUGAAAUUGCGGUGAAUGAGCAUGGAGGCUUUGCUAAACUAUCUGCUGUUGUUACUGAUGGAGCACCAGCAAUGCAAGGAAAAAAGUCCGGAUUCGCUGGGUUACUUAAGAAAAAUGGUGUUAACUGUCCUGUACUGCACUGCAUAAUACACCAGGAGGCCCUGUGUGCGAAGAUUCUUGACUUCAGUCACGUCAUGAAUGUAGUGACAAAAGUCACUAAUCUUAUUCGAGGUGGAAACAGGGCACUCAAUCACAGGAAGUUUACGGCCUUUUUGGAUGAAGUCAGUGCUACUUAUGGGGAUUUACUGAUGCACACAGACAUCAGAUGGAUGAGUCGUGGAAAGUGUCUGGAAAGAUUCUUUGCGCUGCGGACCGAAGUCCCUGUGUUUCUGGAGGACAGUAUCAAAUCGGACACUAGCGCUUACUGCAGCAAUCUACGGGAUCCAGAAUUUCUUUGCGAUCUCGCGUUCCUCACAGAUAUGACUGCGCAUCUGAAUAAUCUGAACACACAGUUACAAGGACGGUCUCAGGCUGUUUCAGAUCUCUACGGUCAUUUGACUGCUUUCAAGCGUAAACUCAUCCUUUUUCACGACGGAUUUUCGUCUGAUCCGGUAAAUUUGACACACUUUUCUGCCUGCGAGGAGAUGCGCAAAGAUACUCCCGAAUGCGAGAUGUUUUUUGCAAAGUACAAAAAAGACAUCGAAAGUCUACAAGAGCAAUUCAGAAUUCGCUUCCAGGACUUUCACGCCAUGCAGCAUCGCAUAGACCUCUUCGCAGACCCUCUGAACGCAGCUGUCAGUGAGCAGCCUGGUGAGAUGCAGCUAGAACUCUGCGAACUUCAGUCCGACCCCUUCUUCCAGGCAAGGCGCAAUGAAAGAGGACUUGAAUUUUGGAAACUGCUACCUGAGUCCCGUUUCCCCCUCCUCAGAGAUUUUGCACUGUUUAUGCUCAGUAUGUUUGGCAGCACUUACAUCUGUGAAAGUAGUUUCUCAACAAUGAAGCACAUUAAAUCAAAAGACAGAAACAGACUGACAGAUGACCAUCUCUUUCAGCUACUGCAGGUUGGCUGUACAAACUUUCAGAUUGACAUUGAUUCAAUUGUGCACCAGCAGGAGAAGCCACAGGUAUCUCAUUAAGACUAUUUGGCAUUAGGAAUGUUGUCAUGAAAUGAUCUAUAAAUUAAUGUGUUUGGAGAAAUGUAUGCACUGAAUUGUUUUUAUAUUCAGUAUUUUAUUACUAUUUUAAUUUAUUUUUAUAGGGAUUUAAUAACUAAUUUUUUCCCAGUUAAUAACUGUUUUAUAUAGCACUUUUAACUGUUCUCAGAGGGUAGUUUAAAAAUGUUCUCUUGGCUACUAAUCAAAAACAGUGUUUUUGUACCUUGGUUGAAAUGCAUACAUUUGUUUUUAUUUAAAAAGUUGGCUGUUUGAAUGAGCAUAAUUGCACAAGUUUUAUAUUUAAACUCGUGGCAUUAAUUGUAUAUUGAGUUCCCUCAAUAAAAAGUAAAUUGUAAAACGUGUCUCUAGAUUAAUACAGUAAUCUGGCCCCCUGGUAUGAAGGAGAAAAAAUGCUGGCCCUCAUCAUUAUGAAAGUUGC